ACUCUCAAUACUCCAACCUUUUUUUCAGUUUUGGGAAGUGAUCUCUGAUGAGCACGGUAUCAAGCCCGAUGGAACAUACCACGGAGAAUCUGAUCUUCAGCUGGAGCGAAUCAAUGUAUACUAUAAUGAAGCACAUGGCGGUGAUGCAGUGGAAAUUAAUGUAGCCGAACCGAAAUGGCGUCUUUCAGGAGGCAAAUAUGUCCCGCGUGCAGUUCUUGUUGAUCUCGAGCCCGGAACUAUGGAUUCAGUCCGUUCCGGGCCAUAUGGGCAAUUGUUCCGCCCUGAUAACUAUGUAUUUGGACAGUCUGGCGCAGGAAACAAUUGGGCGAAAGGUCACUACACUGAAGGGGCUGAGCUUGUGGACAAUGUUUUAGAUGUAGUGAGGAAAGAAGCUGAAGGAUGUGACUGUCUUCAGGGCUUCCAAUUGACUCAUUCGCUUGGAGGAGGUACCGGCUCGGGUAUGGGAACUCUCCUCAUCUCCAAAAUUCGGGAGGAGUAUCCUGAUAGAAUCAUGUCUUCGUUCUCAGUUGUACCUUCACCAAAGGUAACGCACUUUUUGAAGAGUAGUUAA